GAGUCAACCAGUGGGAUGGGGCCAGACCACUGUGACUUGAUCAUAGACUUCAGUCUUCGCACCAGUUAGUAACUCACAGCUGAGCCGCUUCCCUUUACUGAUGCAGAAGUUGGUGUUUCCCUUCCUUUCUUUCUGUUUUCUUCAGACAUCAUAACGUGGAUGCAUAGAAAAGUUUCUGGAUUAGGGCAGAAUUAACACAAAGCAGCGACGCCACUCCAGCUACACUCGCAGGCAACGCAGCAGAGGAACGAAGGAGGGACCGGGACGCUCGAGCGAACGCCACCUCCGAAAAACUCCAAAACUCUGGAAGUGAGAGACGGACGAGUCCAUCCCAGAGAGAGAGAGAGAAAGAGAGAGAGAGAGAGCGAGGCAGGGGAUCUUUGCCGACAAGGUCCUGAAGGAUGGAAGAGAAGCAGUUUGCUGGGAUCCUGAACGGAGCAGUUCCAGGCGAGCCAGUGAAGAAGGAUGAAAACUCCCGGAGAGGGAACUGGGGCAACCAGAUUGAGUUUGUCCUCACCAGCGUGGGCUAUGCUGUGGGCCUGGGCAAUGUCUGGAGGUUUCCCUACCUCUGCUACAGAAAUGGAGGAGGUGCCUUCAUGUUACCGUACUUCAUCAUGCUGGUGUUCUGCGGCAUCCCCCUCUUCUUCCUCGAGCUGUCCUUCGGUCAGUUCGCCAGCCAGGGGUGUCUGGGAGUGUGGAAGAUCAGCCCUAUGUUCAAAGGUGUGGGCUAUGGCAUGAUGGUGGUGUCCACCUACAUUGGGAUCUAUUACAACGUGGUCAUUUGCAUUGCCUUCUACUACUUUUUCCUGUCCAUGACAAAAUUGCUGCCAUGGACCUACUGCAACAACCCCUGGAACACACCGGACUGCAGCGGGGUGGUGGGCAACAGCCAGCGACUCAACGCCAGCCUGGCUAAUGCUACCACAAGCCUGGUAGCAGGGGUGUCCGAGGUAGUCAACCGCACCAAGAGGACCAGUCCCAGUGAGGAGUACUGGAAACACUAUGUGUUGAACAUCUCGGAUGGCAUUGGGACCUUUGGAGAGGUCCGUCUCCCUAUCCUGGGCUGCCUGGCUGUGUCCUGGUUUGUCGUCUUCCUCUGUCUCAUCAGGGGCGUUAAAUCCUCUGGAAAGGUGGUGUACUUCACAGCCACGUUCCCCUAUGUCGUUCUGACCAUCCUGUUCAUCCGUGGGAUCACCCUGGAUGGAGCCAUCAACGGCAUCAAGUACUACCUGACUCCACAGUGGGAGAAGGUCCUUGAUGCAAAGGUGUGGGGAGACGCAGCGUCACAGAUCUUCUACUCCCUGGGCUGUGCCUGGGGGGGUCUCAUUACCAUGGCUUCCUAUAACAAGUUCCACAACAACUGUUUCAGAGACAGCAUCAUCAUCAGUAUAACCAACUGUGCGACCAGCGUGUAUGCCGGCUUUGUCAUUUUCUCCAUCCUUGGCUUCAUGGCACACAACCUGAACGUCCCUGUGUCAGAGGUGGCGGACCACGGCCCGGGCUUGGCCUUCGUGGCCUACCCAGAAGCCCUCACUCUGCUCCCCAUCUCACCACUCUGGUCGCUGCUCUUCUUCUUCAUGCUCAUCCUUCUGGGACUGGGGACUCAGUUCUGUUUGCUGGAGACCCUCGUGACGGCCAUCGUCGAUGAAAUUGGUACAGACUGGAUCAUCAGGAACAAGACCGUAGUCACACUGUCAGUGGCCAUAGUUGGAUUCUUACUGGGCGUGCCAUUAACGACACAGGCAGGAAUCUAUUGGUUGCUACUGAUGGACAACUAUGCUGCUAGUUUCUCCUUGGUCAUUAUCUCCUGCAUAAUGUGCAUCUGCGUCAUGUAUGUCUAUGGUCACAGGAACUACUUUAGAGACGUUGAGAUGAUGCUGGGCUUCCCUCCUCCUCUCUUUUUCAAAGUGUGCUGGAGAUUCAUCUCCCCUGUCAUUAUCUCAUUCAUCCUGAUCUUCACAGUGAUCCAGUACAAGCCCAUCACCUACAAUGACUAUGUGUAUCCCGGCUGGUCUCUGGCUAUUGGCUUCUCCAUGGCUCUGUCUUCAGUGGUCUGCAUACCCAUCUAUGCCCUCUACAAGAUCUCAAGGUCCCCAGGAGCCACCUUCAGAGAGCGGUUGAAGUUCGCUUGCCGAGCACAUCCAAAGUGGGGCCCUGCCCUGCAGGAGCACCGGACAGGCCGCUACGCCCCCAUGGCCUCCGAAGACACUGUGGAGGCUCGUCCCCUCAAGGAGAAGGAGGAGCUGAAGGAAGAGCUGAAGGUGGAGGAGAAGGAGAAGGAGAAGGAGACAGAGAGGAAGGAUGAGAUCAGCCUCACCAUCCAGGGAAGCAACGGCUCCACCAACACACACAACAACCCCAACCCCAGCGCAUAGACGGCACCCUGCCCUGUCAGUGCUCGUGGGCAUGGGCCCCCGUGCUCCGCCGUCUCCUCCUUCUCUUCCUCCCUUCUCCUCCCUUCUCCUCCAUCCUCACCCCACUUUCCCACAGUCCUCUGUGGGGGAGAUCCCAUUCACUGGAGACCUUUACAUAUUGUAAGGGCUUAUUAUAUCUAUCCUAACCUCUUCUGUCUUAUCUGUGUGUUGUCUCUAGAUAAAGGAAUGAAAAAAAAAAACGAAAGGAAGAAAAAAUUGGGUCAUCAUCCAAAAGAUUUGUGUGUAUGUAUAUGUGUGUGCGUGGGUGGGUUGUUAAUUUGUUACACAUAAUUUAAUAAUGCAGUUUGUUUUUCCUUUCCUUUUUUUGUAAAACUUGUAUAUGUCAUCUUCAUAUGCAGUUAGAGGUGCAGUAGAUUGUGAAGCUGCAUGAGUUUGUUUGGUGCAUGCAGCAACAUAGAGACACACACUGUUCUCCUUUAUUCUGUUGGCUGGGUCUGUUUGGGAUCGGAGAUUUUCUAGCAGCAGUGAUUUGACAGCUGGGGACUUGUUGUGAUGCACAGUGGUGCUGUAACAAAGAGGAGCAGGGUGAACUGUGCCUGUACUGGCCAUUUGCGGUUUGAUGAUGCUGAAAGAUGGAAAUAGGCUCAAUCCUACGGCCAGAAAAAGAGGCGGAUACACUCAUUCACACUCAUACACUCACACUAUUGUACAUUUUACAGCACACAGUGACCUCAACCGUAGUUGAUCUCAGCUUAAGACUAAGCCUGUUGUUUUUUUAUGCUGCUUCUUCUUUAAAAAUACUCUACAAGAGCACAAAUAUUUAACAAACACCCGAGAUGACGACUGACACUUAGGGCUGAUUUUCUGUGGAAAUUUCCUCUAUUUGUAACUUUUUUUCAACUAAAGCUGCUUAAACUGAGCAGAGAAAUAUCAGUGAACCGUACUGUACUCUCUGCCUCCGCAUUCACACACACAUUUACACACACACACACACACACACACACACAAAGCAUUAGUUUCCAGUUUUUUUUGACAGAAGAGAUCCCAGUGCCCAUUUCUCAGGGUCCAAGCGAAGGUAAACUUUGUGCUUCAUUGCUAUUCCUUGCCUGUGGAAACCUUGUCUCGACUAUAGGGACUGAAACCACCUAACUUUUCCCGCUGUCGAAAAAACACCUACACAUACACACAAAGCAGGUGGAUGCAACUCUGUAUAUAGAAGUGCCAUCUCUUCUCAAGUCUUCCAGGCAUUCUUUUUGAGUGAAAUGCAUCUUGGGAUGUGGUCUAUGAAGGAGGAUCCGGGCUAGAGGAGGUAGCUAGUGGAGGGAUCAUAGGUGUGUCGUAGUCUGUGUCUCCCGUGGGCCGUAGCAAUCUGCCCCGUUAAGGCAUGUUACCAAAAACAUUACCUGAGUUACCUGAGUCCUGCACAUGUUUUUGGUAACAUAUAUACUGUAUAUCUCAAGGAGACUGCUAUGGUGUCUCUUACAGUCAGUGGAACCUUUAAUGUAUUUACAGGCAUUUCUUUUAAAGCUCUGAGCCAAGCUGUGACUGGAAAGACAGAGAGUAGAGACAUGCGGCUUGUUUCUAUAAGAAUACAGAAUAAAAAUCAAUUUAAAGAAAUUAUGUAGUUUUAAAUGUAGCUGUAUAGUAUUGUUCUCUCAGUAGAAUUCUCCUUUUUACCUCUCAUUAUUGUAAAGUAACUUACCGUAGUAAAUAAUUUUAAAGACAGCAUAUGUUUAUUUUGUACAAAAAUAAAAAAAAAUACAGAAUCAUAAUUAACCAUGUUUACUAUUCCUCGGUCUGUGACUUGAUUUGUUGCUGUUUUGUUGGAGGGUGUGAUAGGACAGAGAGGGGUCUCUUUAGCAUGCAGGGUUGGGUGUCUGACUGGAAAGCAUCCAGGGCAACUUCGUAGUAGUGUGAUGGCAAAGGGUUAAUGGCAGUCUAAAUACAGAACAAAUACAUAAAGAGAGUUUAUUUUUUUUGUCAUCUAGACAUCUUCCUGGGAAGAUCACAUGUUCCUGUUUUUUCAUCCUAAGAUGCUUUUUUUGGACGGCGGCUCAGGUGGUAGUGAGAUGCUUUUAGCUUCAUGGACAGGGAGGAUGUUUGGGAUUUGCGUCAGGUCUGGCUGUAACGUUACUUCAUGUUGCAGAUUUCAGUUUUUCUUUCUGAGUGAGCUGUCAAAUCAUUAAUAAAAUCUAAGACGUUAGGGGAACAAGAGGGCUAUGAUACCAGUACGAGCAUGGAACAGAUUCACACGAUACAAAAUGAUACACAAUAUACCAUUUAUGUGUAGAGAGACUUAAAGGAGUAGUUUCAAAAUUUUGGGGAAAAUAUUUUUAUUUGCUGUCUUGCUCAAAGUUAACUGAAAAGAUUGAUACCAUUCACUUGUCUGUAUGGUACAGCACUUGGCUAGCUUAGCUUAGCAUAAAGACUUGCUCUGUCCUAUGGUAACAAAAUCUACCUACCAAUGAAUGCACAAAAACAUCUGCUGGUUGCCUGGCAACUGGUCCCGACCAAGAUAUACAGUAGAUUUCCUCUGUUUCCAGUCUUUAUAUUUUAUGUACACACAUGAGAGUGAUAUUAAUCUUCCUAUCUAACUCUCAGCAAGAAAACAAAUGAGCCUAUAUCCCAAAAAUGUUGAACUAUUCUUUUAAUUAUUUUAAAAUGUCCAUGCGAAUCAGGCUUUUUAACAGUUUUUAGAGACAUUGAAGCUUCAGACUAAAUCUGUACCGUCUUUUUGGCCAGCACCACUAUUCUCCACAAUCCUAUCAGGAUAGUGACUUUGACAUGACGGUGCAGUUGUUCCACCAAAUUCACAAGGUGGGGUGAUGCUGACACUCAGGGUAGUAAAGGCACAUUUACAGAUGAGUAACUGUGAACUAAAUACAAAAAAGCCCAACAGACAAGACUUUCUGUGGCUGAAAAUGUUAAAUGUCAAGAAAGAAACAACGAGGGGGGUCGACGCUAAGCACAGAAGCUGAAAUAUAGUAAAGAUAAUCGCGUAAGCACAGUGAGCGUAGUAGUAGUACAGUUUAUUUUUAAUUAAAUUACUGCAAAACCAGGUGCUCUAUGAAACAAUACAUUAUUACCAUCUACUAAAUAUAAAUAUAUUAGUAAUUCCGGUCUGAGGAAGGUUACACUCUCUAAAUGAGGUUUCAUUUGCUGAAAAUGGUGAAUAUGAACUUAUUAUUGUGAGUGUAUAUUGGGACAGCUUGUAGCUCAGACCGUUUCCUGUUUGUGAUUGCCUGUCUUGUGCGUUCAUGCUGUAGUAAGCUUAGCAGCCAUGUUACCAUGCUAUCUCUCUAUAUAUCCCAGCCCUCACCAUCUCGGCUGGCCCCACAACUCUUCCUCCCUUUGUACAGUAAUGUAAAAAAAUAUAUAAUCGGACUGUGUGUAUGUGUGUGUUUAUCCUUGCUUUUAUUUUAGGGGUGGGUUAAGUGUGUUUUUGCGGGUCGAGGGAGGGCGGGUAUUGUUUCAAUUUGUUUUUGAUUUGUAAUUUUUUCUUGUAGUGUAAUGUAGACGAUGUCUGGUGUACUGUGUACUCUGUGUGUAGUGGAUUAGCUCGUACUGCUGAGCCUGCAUGUAGAGCAGGCGUAGUGUCAGUAUUAAUGUCAAUGUACCUCUAAUCUAUCAGAACUAGCCACGUCCUAUUCUGCUAAUAAUACACAGUCUAUCUUUUAAGAAAGAAAAACAUUUUGUACUAAAAGAAGAGAAAGAAAACUACAUAUUUUAUCUUCAGAUUUUAAUCAUUGUUUACCCAUGUUCAAUGACUCUACUUUUUUGUUUAUUUGUUUUUGAUGUUGUAUUCAUAGAAACAUUAAGAUAAAGCCAGCUAAUAUUAAAAGCAUUUCCAAACAAAAACUUUGGAUCGAAACUUGAACUACAGAAGAAUGGAUAGUUUGUGGUGUGGAUGGCGGCUGCAGCUACAUGACGAUGCUUUUUUUUUUUAAAAAACAAAAGCUAUAUUUUACACAGUUCAGUGCCAACAGUCGUACAUCGCUGUUUACCUUUAAUAUUCUGUGGCCCUUAACCCAAGCAGUUUGGCUUUUUUCUGUCUAGUUUUUACAAAUUGUUAAAGAAAAAUUAGCAAAAUCAAAACACCAAAAUUACUCUUCAACCAAGAUUGAAUUAGCAUCAGGACCCAUUAACUCACAUUUUCAUUCUUGUGCAGCUCUGAUGCAUUAUACCAGAACACAAUACUGUUUUAUGUGGGCAUUUUAGGCAAUUAUAUGAUAUAUGUAUCAGGCAAGGGUCAAGUUACUAUGAUAUUUUGAUUUAUUUCUCUUGUUAGUAAAGCGAACCUUCAAUUAUUUGGCUACCAAAAGAGCAAGACCUAUUUAGUCCUCCAGCAAAGCUAAAAAAAACACACAAUGGACAAUAGUAAAUAACUGACCCAUGUCUUCAAAUACUAAUAUACUGUUGCCUACUAUCAUCUUGGACUGAGGUGGCUGUGCAGAAAGUCACUGAUGUUGAAGAACAUGAACUACGUGAAGGUUCGGAUCAUUUUUAUACACAAAUUCACAGCACAACUGCUCUACUGUACUAAGAAACAAAACUGUGAUUUUACCUUGUUUCUGUGGUUCUCUGUAAAUUGCAGAACAUUACCUCUUGAAUUUCCUACUACUGCUCAUAUAAUUAAAUCUCAUCUUUCAGCACUUUAAAGAAAAUCAUUCGUUUUUGUGUAAGCAACAGGAAAAGAAUCUAAAAUGAAAAUAUUUCACACUUCCAUUUUGAAAAAAAGAAAACAAGUACAGUGAAAAAAACAGUUUUUUUUCAAGUGGUCUGGCUGAAAGAAACUGUCCAAGUGUCAGUGGACAAAUCCUGUGUCGUUGCUAUGCCAAUGUAAAUUGUUUCAUGGCAGGAGUGGCGAGGAAAAGCACAAGUGAGAAAAGAGAACACAGUUCUUCUGGUAUUCUCUAUCAUAUCUAUCUGUCUAUCUAUCUAACCAUGUCUGUUCUUCUUGUUCUUCAACCUUUAGGGCCAAAAUCCAUUGUAAUGUCUUAGUCCUGUCAGCUGUAUAUCGUAAACUGUUGAAUUACAAAAUGGUAAAUAAAAUCUAUUUUAAAGAUCA